ACGGCAGAAGCCAGAACCCUGCAAACACCUCUGAACUGCACAUCGGUUGGGAGAGAGCACCAGCUGGAAUUGGAUGUUACCAGAUCACUGAGUGGUCCGAGGGUAACUCUGCCUCAACAUGCAUGCUGCUAAUGCCUGGAUAGACAAGUCUUUCAUUCGCUUGAGAAGUGCACAGAAGCAUGACGGAAGGGAGCACGGCAUCUCCAAUUCGUUAGAGCCGCCGAGCCUAGAGCCACAGCCACUGUACUCAACACGGCCCAACCUCAAGAACACUGACCUCUUUGAAAUGAUUGAGAAGAUGCAGGGGUGCAGAAUGGACGAGCAGAGAUGCACUCUUCCACCACCUCUUAAAACAGAAGAAGAUUAUAUUCCUUAUCCCAGUGUUCAUGAGGUUCUGCAGCGCGACACACCGUACCCAAUCAUCCUCCUCCCUCAGUUUGGUGGCUACUGGAUCGAGGGGAUGAAUCACGAGAUCACAAGUUCCCCCGAGGCAGAGCAGGUCUCAUCGUCGCCAUCCAAACCCAAGCUGGAAUGCAACACCAUAGCCAAGAUCUACAGGAAACACUUCCUGGGAAAGGAACAUUUCAAUUAUUACUGCAUUGACAAUGCUCUGGGCCACUUGGUGUUCUCCAUCAAGUACGACGUUAUUAAUGACCAGGAGCAUCUCCGCCUGCUGCUUAGAACCAAAUGCAAAACCUUCCAUGACAUCAUCCCCAUUUCCUGCUUGAUUGAGUUUCCCAACGUGAUCCAAAUGGCAAAGCUUGUUUGUGAAGAUGUAAAUGUGGAUCGUUUUUUCCCAGUUUUAUACCCCAAGGCCUCCCGACUGAUCGUGUCAUUCGAUGAACAUGUUAUCAGCAAUCACUUCAAGUUCGGGGUUAUUUAUCAGAAGCUCAGACAGACCUCGGAGGAAGAACUCUUCACCAACAUUGAGGAAAGUCCUGCCUUUGUGGAAUUUCUGCAACUGUUGGGGGAGAAAGUUGAGCUGCAGGACUUCAAAGGAUUUCGAGGCGGUCUUGAUGUUGCACACGGCCAGACGGGAGCAGAGUCUGUUUACUGUCGGUUCCGAAACAAGGAGAUAAUGUUCCAUAUCUCCACCAAACUGCCGUACACAGAGGGAGAUGCACAGCAGCUUCAAAGGAAGCGGCACAUAGGGAAUGAUAUAGUGGCCAUCAUCUUCCAAGAUGAAAGCACCCCUUUUGUACCGGACAUGAUCGCGUCCAACUUUCUGCAUGCCUACGUUGUAGUGCAGGCCCAGAACCCCUGCAGUGACAACACGCUGUACAAGGUCUCUGUCACGGCGAGAGAUGAUGUGCCGUUCUUUGGCCCAACACUUCCUGACCCAGCCAUCUUUAAGAAGGGUCCUGAAUUUCACGAGUUCCUACUCACAAAGCUCAUUAAUGCAGAAUAUGCUUGCUACAAGGCUGAAAAGUUUGCUAAGUUAGAGGAGAGGACGAGGUCAGCCUUGCUGGAGACCCUGUAUGAAGAGCUCCAUACAAACAGCCAGGCAAUGAUGGGGCUCGUCAGCGAGGAAGAAAAGAUCGAGAACGGGGGAAGUGGAGGAGGAGGAUUGUUUGAAUCCUUUAAGCGGGUGAUUAGAAGUCGAAGCCAGUCGAUGGAUGCCAUGGGUCUCAGCAGUAAGAAACAGAACACUGUCUCUUCGAGUCACAGUGGCAGUUUUACCCACAACACAGGAGAAACCAUCAAAGUCCCUGGCAUUUCAUUGCUCGUACCCGGAAAAAGCCCAAGUAAGCAUGGACGUCGAGGCAGUGCUAUAGGCAUAGGAACAAUAGAAGAGUCGUUGAUUAUCCCUGGGAAGAGUCCAACGAGGAAAAAAUCUGGACCUUUCAGCUCUCGACGAAGCAGUGCCAUUGGAAUAGAGAACAUCCAGGAGGUGGUCGAGAGAAGAGAGAGCAUAUCAAGUACUCAGAAGACCCCAGACAGUGGUCAUAUAUCGCAGGAACCAAAGUCUGAUAACUCAUCCAACGAGAGUUCUCCGGAGAUGCCCACGACAAAGAACAGAGUAAUAAUAAAUCAGAAGACUCCGUGUGAAGUUGCUCAAGAUCUGUCCCGCUCAUCAUCGAAUGCCAGCAGCUUCGCGAGUGUCGUGGAAGAAAAUGAACACUUGAAGACUAUGACACUUGAAGACUAUGACACUGGGAUGGACAGCCUAUCCUCCAACGCCUCUCAUAAGCGGGAUUCCUUCACCUACAGCACAUGGUUGGAUGACAGCACCAGUAACACCAGUGCUCACAGCGCUGGUAGCUCAACAGGUGGGCCUCGCUCUCUACUCCUGGACGCUAACAAGAGCAGGGAGCUACCCCGUCCCGAGAUCAAAAUUAAGCUCGAGAAAUCCGAACCACAGAAACUCUGUCAGAAUUACCAAAAGAAACACAGCUAAUGGACUUGAGGUGGACAUGAGUGAAGAUGGAGCCUUGCUCGCGAAAGGAAGAUCUCAGAAGCCAGGAUUAUAAAAUAUGAGAAUUUACGAUUAUAUUCUUGAACUGCAUUGCACUUUGAUUGCUGGAGAUUCAGUUUUGACUGCCUCUGCAUAGAAACUGUUUGUGAUUAUCUGUGUCUUGUGUAUUUGUGUUAAUAUUGUCACUGGAUGAAGUCUAAAAGCACAAAUGAUGAAGUUAGUGGAGCACUGUCAAACCCUUUAAAACACUGCAUUAGGCUGUAUUUAUGGAAAAAAUGUCUCUGUGGUUUAUUGUUGCUGAAACUAGCUAAAUGUCACUGCUGAAUGAAAAUUGUGUACAUAGGCUUUUGUAAAUAAUGCACAAUAAAAAAUAAUCAUGAAUGUUACAAUCAAAA